AUGGAACAGGAGAUGGUCGACUACCUGUACGGCCAGGAAAUGGAGCUAACCGUGGCCAUUGGUGACCGAGUGGAAAGCAUUGGAAUUGUCAAGCUGCAAAAUGACGCUUCGCUCUCUACUGUGGGACUGGUUUUUGUCAUUUUGGCCUCUCUGCUAAUCGUCGUUGUCAUCUGUGCUUUUGUCUACUACAAAACGCAGCAAAUUAACUCCUCAAAUUCAAAGGAUAACUACAAUUGGACCGAGCUUGUUCUCAAGUCAAAGACUUUGAAGGAUUUCUUCAAUGAAGCCUACACAAACUUGGAUUACUACACACAACUGGAGGACAUGGGCAAAAUUAUCGACCCAAAAGAUGUUCAGAAGUCGGACACCGUGCUCGGUGUUGGCAACUUUGGCAUAGUCACCCGUGGCAAGUUCAGAAAUGAGUGUGUAGCUAUCAAAACGCUGAAACGAAAAAGCAGUGCCGUGCCCACAUUAGAUCCAGAGAUGGCUCCUGAAACUCCCGACGCCGACCCAACCGCUUACCAGGACAAGAUACUGGCGGGUUUCUUUGACGAGGCAAUCACCAUGAAGGACUUCAAUCACGUCAAUGUUCUUUCGCUGGUCGGUGUCACUCUGGUCGACAAUUAUCCCUCCAUUCUGCUGCCAUUCAUGACUUACGGUGAUCUGGCCACUUACGUGCGAAACAGCAUGCACAGUCCCAGUGUACGCGAUCUGCUUGACUAUGCAAUUCAAGUGGCACGAGGAAUGACCUACUUGGCAAGCAAAAACUUUGUUCACCGUGAUUUGGCAGCCCGCAACUGCCUGAUCGGCCAAUUUAACGGCGAAGCGGUGGUCAAGGUGGCCGACUUUGGGCUGAGCCGCAAGUUCGAAGACAAGGAGUACUACCGCAUCAACGGCAACAAGGAGCUGCCCUAUCGGUGGAUGCCCCCUGAGUCGCUCAACGGCCUCAACAUUGUCACCUCAAAGAGUGACGUCUGGUCGUACGGGGUGCUGGUCUGGGAGCUGACCACCCGAGGGCAGAUCCCCUACGGUCAGCUGGACUUUUCCGGCGUGCUGGAGCUGCUGAAGAACGGCCAGCGGCUGACCCGUCCCGAGUUUUGCCCGGACAUCAUCUUCUCCAUCAUGUCCCUCUGCUGGCUGGCCGACGUCAAUGAGCGGCCGGAGUUCAAGGACGUACUGGCCUGCAUGGAGGAGGCCUUCCGCAUGUUGCACCUGCAGGAGAGCAACACCUACGUGAACCUCUCGGAGCCGGUGCCCACCAACCCGGUGAACAACACAGUGUCGUCCGUCAACCAGUUCGACUACCGCCGACCGGACAUUCAGCAGCAGGUGCAGCAGUACUUCGACAAGUCGCGCUCCUUCCUUCAGUUCCUCACCAACCAAAAUCCGGAGCUGUACGAGGACAUGGAGCUGGACAUGGGCGACAGUGGGUCAGCGCAGUACCCCACCUACGCGCCGCCCUCCUACUCGGCGGCCACGGCGAUGCCCUCGGAGAGUAUCGUCAUGACCAGUGCUCCCACGACGAGUGCUAGCUCCGCCAACGGCUAUCUAGGCCCUCAUGAGACGCACUUUCUGCCGAAGAGCAGCGGAAGCGGCGUCAUCUCUAGUCCAAGCACCGCCCCUAAAGCCGCCGUUAAUGGAUUGAUGAACGGCGACUACCUGCACUUCUCCGAUGCGUCCACUUUGCCUCGUUAG